AUGACCAGGAGUUCUGGGCCUGACAACCUAGUCCCUUUUGAUCCAGAAAUCGAGAAAUCCGCCAAACGCAUUCGGAAGAAGAAGAAACAACAUAAGAAGAUGGAGGAACGUGCUUUAGCUGUCGAGAAUGACAAUGACACUUAUGGGGCAUACCUUCAGCCCAAGUACACUCAACAGCUCUCAUGCAUUCACCGGCCGGAUAUCGAUCGCAAUAAAUUUGAAUUCCAGCCGACAUUCAUCAGUAUGCUCAGCUCAUUGGCAUUUAGGGGCAGACCUAAUGAAGAUCCAAUCCCCCAUCUGACUCGAUUCAAACUGCUAUGCCAGUCUGUGAAGACGGUUCAAGGAGUCACCGAUGAGUCACUUAUGCUAAUGGCUUUUCCAUUCUCUCUAAUGGACGCUGCAUUAGAAUGGCUCUACACAUUGCCACCAGAUUCAAUCUUCUCCUGGGAUCAGAUGCAAGAGAACUACGUCGCCAACAAUCCGUACUCAAACACAUACAACCCAGGUUGGAGGAAUCACCCAAACUUCUUAUACAAGAACUCCUCCAACGCUCUAAAUGCACAGCACAACAAUUUCGGUGGUUCAUCUAUCCCGGGUUCCUCUCAAGGAAAUCAAUCUCAACCCCGAAAUGCCUAUCAGCAUCAGAAUCCAGCCCCUCAACACUACCGAGCUCCCCGUCAGCCUCAGCAAAACUUCGGCCUGACUCCAUCUCAAUCACAGAAGACCGACGCCCAUCUCAAGCUAGUCGAUAACCAGAUAGCGCAACUUGCUGCCUCUGUCCCUUCGCGACCUCAGGGAUCACUACCUGGGAACCCGGAAGCAAACCCCCGAGAGCACUGUAACGCCAUAUCCUUGCGCAGUGGCAAAGAGCUCGCUAACCCUGCCAUCACAUCUACGGAAAAAGGUCAGUGCUCUAACUCCGUCCCUAUACCUCUUCAUGACCCCAUAGUUGUUGAAAAAUCGACAGAGAUCUCGGGUGAUGAAGAACGCGACGUAUACAUUCCACCGCCACCACGUCCGCCUGCAGUUCCUUUCCCUCAACGACUCAUGAAAACUAAAGAGGACAACCAAUUUGCUAGAUUUGCUGACAUGGUGCGUAAGUUGGAAAUCACUAUGCCGUUCCACGAGGUUAUCACUCAGAUGCCAUCCUAUGCACACUUCCUGAAGGACAUUCUCACAAAGAAGCGCGUCAUCGAGAAGGAAACCAUCACGCUUAAUCCCGAGUGCAGCGCCAUUCUUCAACACGAUCUGCCACCGAAAAUGUCGGAUCCAGGUAGCUUCUCGAUUCCCUGCAAAUUGGGAAAUAUUUCUAUAGAUCGUGCUCUUUGUGAUUUAGGUGCCAGUGUAAGUCUCCUACCACUCUCCAUCUACAAGAAACUCAACGUUGGAGAACUCAAACCGACUCGCAUGGCUCUUCAACUAGCUGAUCGUUCUAUCAAAUACCCUCUGGGUAUUCUCGAGGACGUUCCGCUGAAAGUAGGCGAUUACUACGUACCGGUCGAUUUUGUUGUGCUUGACAUGGACGAAGACGCCAAAAUCUCGAUUAUUCUAGGGCGACCAUUCUUAAACACUGCAGAUGCCAUUGUCCACGGCUGCAGUAUCUCUACGGAGCCUCAAAUUCACGAAUACACAUCAUUCUUGGACGGUUUAGACGAAAUGCCAUGCAACACGGUCGUGUCGUCAUUCGACAUGGACCGUGUCGAUAUUCUGCUGCAAAACAUCGAACGAGACACGCCCGUGUUUGCCACAAGCUCAGUCCGUGUUUCAUGCAACACGGCCGUGUCGUCAUUCGACACGGACCAUGUCAAAUGUCUGAGAAAUUUUGCGAAACAAGACACGCCCGUGCAUCAUUCUGGACCAGCCCGUGCGCAACUCGACACGGGCGUGUCGAGUGUGAACUCAGACCGUGUCGAGUCUCGGAUUCAUCUCCAGUAUGCAUUUCUCGGUCUCGAUUCCACUUAUCCUGUUAUCGUCAAUGCUGCCUUGGAUGAUCUACAGCUCGAGCGUCUCCUCACCAUAUUGCGAGACUACCGGAAAGCUAUCGGAUAA